UUCAUCCAAGUGGUCGCGCGAAUUUGACACCAUUUCCCGCUCCCUCCUACUUCUUAUGGGUUCUUGAGUGUGAUAUGAACUCGAUCAUUGCAGGAGGGGACAUCUCUUCGGAGAUCCGAAAUUUGGGACGAACAAUUAACGCACUGAACAAGCAGGGCUAAUCCUAUUCUCACCAUAAUCAAUUAUGUUAAGAGGAAGAGAAAGCUUGGUCCGAUUGGUAGGGAAACGGAGACGCUUUCUUCCUAAUCGUCUUUCUCUCCUCUCCUCUCCAGUUGAGAACACUUUGAAUCUCUGCUCUGGUGAAGAUUUCAAGCCCCUUCCUGUUGUGAAAACUCCGGAUGCUCAUAAAGAUGGGGAAACUGAAACCAGUAGCUCUGGGAAAUAUGUUACCUGCCCAGUUUGCAGCAGCAGAGUAAAUGGUGAAGACUCCAUUAUCAACUCCCAUCUGGAUGCAUGCUUAUCUAGGGGAACGAAGCGGAAAUUGACACAGAGCUCUCUUCUUCAAUUAAACUUCUAUUCCCGACCAAAAGUUCAACAUCAUUCUCAUGUUCUGAAAUUUGAGAAAAAUGAGUCUUCUGUGGGUCCCGACGAUGGUCCUGUGGAUAUUGUCCAUAGAUUGCCUAAAGAUGCAUCUUAUAAUGAAAAUGACAAAAUUAAAUGCGGUUCGUUAGAAGAAUGUGCAAUGCAGCCACAAAGGGACUGUUUACUGGAUACCUUACAUAAUAGUGAAAGAACUAAUGGUGCUACAGAAAUUUAUUCUCCCAUGAAUAAAGGAGCUACAUCUGGGAUGGUUACUACCACCAAGGAUGAUUUAUCUGGGAUGAUUCUUGAAACUUUUAUUGUUGGUCGUAAGUUCAGUGAUGAAAAGGAGUUAAAUCUUGGGGCAUGCAUCUCUCUUGAAAGAGAUCCCACCAAUGUAAAGGAUCCCAAUGCCAUCAAGGUUAUUUCUGAAGAUUCUGGAUGUUGCAAGAUGCUUGGAUUUCUCCCACGUGAGUUAGCUAAGUUUUUGUCUCCCCUAAUUGGGAAGUAUUGCCUAAGCUUUAAGGGAUUUGUGACAACUGCUCCCAGAAGUUCUGUUGACGUUGUACCCAUAGAGGUCAUGUGUGACAACAUCAAUUUACUAAAUGAGAAAAUUUUUGAUGUUGAGUUCAAAAAUUUAUGGACAAGCAUUCAGCAAGUAAUUGAUUCAAUGAAGAAUUUCACACCUAAUGCAUUGAAAUAUCAGAAGAACUUUUGUCUUUUGAUACAAGAAGUUUUACAGGGUUAUUCCCAUUUGUUGUCUGAUGACGAAAAUCAUUUUCUAGAUUUAUUCAGUUCACUAUCAGAUGAUAAUCAGAGGCUCUUUAUCCGGCUUUAUAUGCGUAAAGGACCAUGGUUUCGGAUGUCUUCUACUUCAUAUAAAGAAGUAUUGGAUUCUAAACAGGCAGUCAAGGAGCUCUCAGAAGCAGGUUAUCUAUGUUGCUUUGAUACGAAUGAAGCUGAUAACACUGACAUGAUCCAGAUUUUGAAUCUUCUCACUGUCUCUGAGCUCCGUGAAGUCAUGUGCAUGCUUAAGAAGAAUUGCAGUAGCAGCAUGAGAAAGGAUGAUCUUGUUGCCUCUCUUUUGGCCCCCUACGAAGAUGGACUGUGUCCAUUACUUCCAGAUCUAAUUUUGGGCAAAAUUGGUAUCUGCGUUAGGCUAUCCUCUAAAGCUGAAUUGCUUAUCUGGCGUGCUGAGAGGCUUUUCUUCCUCAAUGGAGAGCAGGAUUUAUCAGCCUUUCUGCUUGUUGAUAUGGGAAUAGUCAAGUAUCCAACUUACAGCUGCAUAAUUUCAGACCAGAUUUUCUUGGAUCGAAAUGAUUUGCUUGCUUAUGAAGAGGCCAUUGAAGUUGCACAACUAAUUGAUGAAGCUCUUGACGAGGACAACAAAAUGGUUUUAAGAUGUGUAUCAGUUGCUAACUCUCGUGUGAAGCCAAAUCAGUGUACUACCUCUGAAUCAGUUCCAUUCUUUUCAUUUUUUACAGCAUCAUGGAUCUAUUCAAAAGUAUUGUCUCUUGGAGUUUCCUUUCUUGAGCGUGAGAAUAGGUACAAUGAUGCAGUGCUACUACUUAAGCGAUUGCUAAGUUGUAACACUCCUGAUGGAAGAAGAGGAUAUUGGACCUUGAGGUUGUCAAUUGAUUUGGAGCAUUUGGGCUAUCCCAGCGAGAGCCUGUCAGUAGCUGAAAAUGGAUUGUUAGAUCCAUGGGUUCGAGCUGGUUCAAGAAUGGCAUUGCAAAGGCGCAUCCUUCGCUUAGGAAAACCACCACGUCGGUGGAAAACCCCUAGUUUUGCUGAGUCUAUAAAGAGGAAAAUCACCGAGGUACACGUUCAAGGGCGACCAUUGAACCGUGAAACAGGUAUGAAGAGCAGGUUUUAUGGAGAAAGUGGAGAGCAAUGUUCAGUUGAGCAGCUUGCACUCGAGUAUUAUAAUGGGGAGGGAGGUGGAUGGCUAGGUGUUCAUUCAGAAAGUGGCAUUUGGUUAACCAUUUUUGGGCUUCUCAUGUGGGAUGUCAUAUUUUCCGAUGUCCCAAAUGUUUUUCGUACAAAAUUUCAGACUGCUCCCCUGGAUUUUGGAACAGAUAGCUUUUAUUUAUUGAGACAGAACAGUAUAGAGUCCCAACUACUGAAAAUUCAAGAUGGCAUGGGCGAAGAGAUCCUCAUUACGUCGUGGGAAUCACACAAGGGAACAGCCUGCAGUGGAGUUAACUGGGACCGACACUCACUAGCCGAGCUUCGGGCAGCUGUGACAUGCAUUGGUGGCCCUUGUAUGGCUUCACUCUGUCGGCAUCUUGCGCAAGAUUAUCGAAGUUGGUCGAGUGGAAUGCCAGAUUUGUUGCUAUGGCGCUUUAACAGUGAAUACAGUGGUGAAGCUAAACUUGUUGAAGUAAAGGGUCCCAGAGACAGACUGUCUGAACAGCAGAGGGCAUGGCUUUUGCUUCUAAUGGAUUGUGGCUUCAUUACAGAGAUCUGCAAAAUCACCCCCAUGCCUAAAUCAGCUUAAAAGGUCGAUAGUAACUUGAGCAGAAAAAUCAAAGCUCUCUUGAAAGUUCUAACCAAUACUACUUAAAGAAACAAAUUUAUUUUGUGUGUGAAAAUUAUGUCCCAUAUAUAGAGAGAAAAGUAUCAGUGUAGGACUAAAUGGUUUGAGGUCUCAUCUUGUUGCUUACA